GGAGGCUGCCAGACUCAGGAAGAGCCUUCAGGGCCAGGAGGUAUGAUCUUCGUGGGAACUGAUGUGAGCUUCCAAUUGAAACGGCUGGUUUAAAACACAGAGCAACACGUCUUGUGAUGACAGUGACAUAUACAUAUCGUGUCGCAGACGCACGCCUGGGCACUUUCUCCCAGCUCCUGCUUCGAUGGAAAGGAAGCAUCUACAAGCUCCUUUAUUGUGAAUUCUUCAUCUUCGUCUCUUUCUACUUUGGCAUCAGCCUCGUCUACAGGUUGAUUCUGAAUGAGAGCCAAAGGCUGAUGUUCGAGAAACUGGCUCUGUACUGCGAUAGUUAUGCUGAACUGAUACCUGUGUCCUUUGUGCUUGGCUUUUAUGUUACCUUAGUGGUGUCCCGCUGGUGGGGACAGUAUGAGAGCAUCCCAUGGCCUGACCGCAUUAUGAACCUGGUCUCCAGUAGUGUGGAUGGGAAGGAUGAGUAUGGGCGCCUUUUGCGACGUACACUGAUGCGCUACAUCAAUCUACUGAGUGUGCUCAUCUUGCGCUCUGUCAGCACUGCUGUCUUCAAGCGGUUUCCCAGCAUAGACCAUAUUGUGACAGCAGGCCUGAUGACUCCAGAAGAACACAAGAAGUUUGACAGUGUGAAUUCACCACAUAACAAGUUUUGGAUUCCCUGUGUAUGGUUCUCAAACUUGGCAGUGAAGGCCCGUAAUGAUGGCCGGAUCCGUGACAGUGUUCUUCUCCAAGGCAUCUUGAAUGAAAUGAACACUCUGCGCAGUCAGUGUGGUCGACUCUAUGGGUAUGAUUGGAUCAGCAUUCCAUUGGUCUAUACCCAGGUGGUCACAGUAGCUGUUUACAGCUUUUUCCUGGCUUGCUUAAUUGGACGUCAAUUCCUGGACCCAGCAAAGGGGUAUCCUGGCCAUGAGAUGGACCUUUUUGUGCCUGUCUUCACCUUCCUGCAGUUUUUCUUUUAUGCAGGAUGGCUAAAGGUAGCUGAACAGCUCAUCAAUCCCUUUGGAGAGGAUGAUGAUGACUUUGAAACCAACUGGCUUAUUGACAGGAAUCUUCAGGUCUCCCUUAUGGCAGUGGAUGAAAUGCACUGGGAUUUGCCCACCCUGCAGAAGGAUCCAUAUUGGAAUGAGUCGGACCCACAACCGCCUUAUACAGCAGCAACAGCAGAUUAUAAGCGGCCAUCUUUCCUUGGCUCAACCUUUGACAUCAGUAUGCAGAGAGAAGAGAUGGAAUUCCAACCCCUUGAACAGAUUAAAGAGAAUGAGGAAGCAAAUCACUCAACACCAUUGUUAGGCCACAUUGGCCGCUUCUUGAAUGUCCAGUCCCCCAGUUUCUCCAGGUCAUCAAGAAUGAACCUGAUGCGUCGGAGAAAUGAAAAUGUGCCUCCUUCCCCUUAUUAUGCUUACCCAGAUGUGGGGAAACCUGGUAGCCCCACAAGUAUUAACCAGCAAAGGGAAGAUUGCUCCCCACCAGGUUUCAGUUCCCAAGAUCAAUGGGACAACACAGCCAGUAAACUGAGAGAGCUUGAUGCCUUCAUGUCAACCUCAUUCUAUGAGAGGCCCGGCUUCUACAGUGCUCCUCAAACGCCCAUCAGCUCCAUUCCGAUGAUCUUCCCAUCCAGACGUCAAGGCCGCAAGAAGCCUCCUGCUCUUGCCAGUAUCGCUGCCUGUUCAGUUUCCUUGAGGGACAACUCUGCUAGCCAGUCUCCCUGCAGAGCCAGUGAUAUGGACAAAAGUCAGAACUCCCUUGGCUCAGGAGGCAGAGAAACCUUUGUUUGGCCAGCAGAAAAGAACCAAGUUUCAGACUCACUGGCAGUGACCAUCGAAGGGGAGGCAAAAAACACAACCAAUAGGUCGAAAGAGGCUUUGCCUCUCGGAAGCCCAGGAGGAGCUCUCUCCUCAGGAGACUCAGCAAGUCCCAGAUUUCCUUUCUUUACUGAGUCUCCCAAUUCUGAGAUGCAAACCAAAGCCAAGAGUUUGAACAGUAUGAAAGGCCUCCAACAACUCCGAAGGACUCCAGACAAUGCAGGAACGCCAAACUCAGAGCACACCAGUUUCCUUCAUAGCUAUGGCAUCAAGACUCCUAACAGUAAUGGCCCAACUACUUUCUUUUCAUUCACACCACUGACCUCCCCAGUGCUCGAGAGAGCCCAGCUGGGCAAAGCAAAUGCUGGUCCCAGCUCUGAGUCUUCUCCUGGAAUCACACAGCAGGAUUCCCCUGUGGUAGCCGGGGCCAUGAUGAGAGAUAUGGCAAGUGGAGGAACCACUGCUUCUUAUCACACCAAGGAUCAGAGGAAGGCAGCCAGCCCUUCACCCAAUGACUCUGGCAUCUCUCUAGCAGAAGGAGACCUUGUGGGUCUAAUGGAAGUGAUCAUGGAAACCAGUGAGAACACCGCUGAUGAAGGGAAGGGAGAUAGGGAUAACUAGGUGCAAUGGGCUCUCUGGGUUUUUUUCUCAUUAGGGCAAUGGGUGCUUCAUUGGUGCUCAGCCUUUUGGGGGGUACCAGAAUCACUAUGAACUACAAAAACAAAAAACAAUUGAGAAUACCCACUUUCUUAAUCUGAAUAGUUCCUUCCAUAAAUACACAUGUGUUUCCAUGAACAAUCAUGUUAAGAGCCAUUCAUGGUACUGCAGCCUUACAAGGUAGGAUAGCUCUAAUUCCAGUAAGCAACUGAUUUCAGUGUGUGAUAAAUUUUGUUUUGCCAUUUGAAUGUACCAAAGAAUAGAAGUGCAUUACCAGUGCUGUGAACCUUGUUUUAGAUAUGGAUCAAGGGCCAAACUGCAUGGUUAAUUCUCCAACCAUGUUAAUGAUUUUCAUCCCACCCCCAUUUGCACAACCUACGUUUGAACUUUUGAACUAGGCUGGGAAGCAUAAAAACUGGGUUCAAUGCUUCAAGCAAGAGCCAAGCACAACACAGAUCCUUAGGAUUUACAAAAAACUAUCACACUGGAGGAGAUGGAUUGAACGAAUCAGCUUGGAACACAACCAGCUAAUUUCACCUGUCUCAAGGGCAUAUCAGUCUUUACUGUCUGGAGUACAUAGAUCAUAUCAGAGAUUCCCAACCUGUGAUGCAAUGCCUGAAGUGUGCCUGGCUGUUACCACCAUUCUGUGCUCCACAGAGUAGAAAGAUCUAGUUCAGUACUGAUCUCCCUCACUCCCAUUCUGUGGGCCUCCACAGGAUCCUGAGAGUAAAAGAAACAAUGGGGUCUCUUACUCUGCAGUGUGCUACAGAUAACAGGAGCGAGCGUGAAUCUCAAAAAGCCUCCCUUUGGAUCUAGAAAACUAAUCUUAUAACCUACCUGACUGCAUGAAAAGAUGUUGAGAUGCCGGGGGAUAGUCUUAACUGAUCAGUCCCUCCUUUGCCACAAACAGGUCCCCACGCACUGUUUUCUUAGCACUUUGAGAAAUAGAUUAUCUUUUUGGAUAAGCAAAUGAUAUAUGCUUUAAGUUUUAAGACUGCAGGGGAAAUGUGCCUUGUUUCUUAAAGCUUUUCUCUGUAUGCACCACAGCACUAUUUAUUACAAAUAAAUGGGUAGGAAGAUUUAAGACUCAAGCAGUUAUAAAUUCUUUGCUGGAUAAACAUGAAUGACAUUGGCUGCCUAGGUCAGUUGCAGAGCAGAUUAUACACAAGGUUUUACUCAGCCCACACCCCUUGAUGUCAUUAUACCCAGGGUUUUUGCACUUACAUUCCAUUCUGAAACUAGCAUUAGCAAUGGAAAUGUCAUGCUCAUAUCAAGCUUUUAUGUAAAUGUGUCUAUUAUCACUUUCUAAAACCAAAGUGACAAAUGAAGCCAACUGAAGAAGUUGCAGUUCCUAGUAACUCAAAAUGACAUCAGAUGUGCAUGCCCACUCCCAUUAAAAUACAGAACUUGGAAUUGCAGAAUUGUGUUUAUUUCAUCUAUGAUCUUGAACAAACUGCUGCCUAAAGCCAGGCAACUGCUACU